AUCAAACACUUUCUCGAUCUUUUUGUUAAGGUUUUGAAUAUCAUGCAAGUCAUGUCGUUGCCAUCCUCCCCAGUAUUUCAGGUUUAUCGAAUGCAACCACAACUUGUAACUCCGGCAAGGCCAACUCCUCGUGAAAUAAAGAUGUUGUCUGAUAUAGAUGACCAGGAAGGCUUAAGGUUUCAGAUACCAGUCAUCAUAGCCUGCAAGAACAAUCCUUCGAUGUCGAACCGAAAAGACCCCGUUCCGGUGAUCAUAAGGGAAGCAAUAAGUAGAGCAUUGGUGUACUACUACCCUUUGGCUGGUAGGCUCAGGGAAGGGCCUAACAGAAAGCUUAUGGUGGAUUGCAAUGGAGAAGGCGUCUUGUUCGUCGAGGCUAAAGCUGACGUCACUCUUGAGCAACUCGGAGAUGCUAUUCGACCCCCUUGCCCUUUCUUAGAAGGUUUCCUGUGUGAUGUCCCCGGCUCUGAUGGCAUUCUUGGUUACCCUUUGUUGUUAUUUCAGGUGACCAUUUUGAGAUGUGGAGGUUUCAUACUUGCAUUGCGCCUCAACCAUACAAUGUGCGAUGCGCCUGGAUUGGUCCAGUUCUUGAACACCGUAGGGGAGAUGGCUCAAGGAAAAGAUGCACCAUCUAUUCCACCAGUGUGGAAGCGAGAGGUCUUGAAUGCUCGAGAUCCACCUCGAAUUACAUGCACGCAUCACGAAUAUGAGGAAACGAUUGACUACUCGGAUCCGAGCUCGGCUGCUACUGCCACAAUGGUCGAACAAUCUUUCUAUUUUGGUCCCAAGGAAAUGAAGGCCUUGAAGAAACAUCUUCCGCUGCACCUUUCAGCUUGCUCCACAUUUGACCUAAUGACAUCUUGCUUAUGGAAAUGCCGCACAGCUGCACUUGAGCUUCAUCCGAAACAGGUUGUUCGGGUUUCAUGCUUAGUCAAUGCACGGGGCAAGGGCAACAAUCUACAUCUUCCUUUGGGUUACUACGGCAAUGCGUUCGCAUACCCAGCUGCUGUUUCGGAAGUGAAACAACUGUGUGAGAGUCCUUUGGGAUAUGCAGUGGAGUUGGUGAUGAAGGCAAAAGCUGAAGUGAAUGAAGAGUACAUGCGAUCAGUGGCGGAUCUUAUGGUAUUAAGAGGAAGGCCUCCAUAUACAUCAGCAGGGAACUUCCUAGUUUCAGAUAAUAGACGUACUGGCUUGGGAGAGGUGAACUUGGGGUGGGGAAAGCCUGUAUUUUCUGGACCUCCCAAGGCCUUGAGCAAUAUUAGUUUCUAUGUUCAGCACAAAAAGGAGAAAGAAGAUGGAAUUUUAGUGUCAGUGUGCUUGCCCUUGUGGAGUAUGAAGAGAUUCCAGCAGGAACUCGAGAAGAUGACAUUUCAGGAGAUAGUGGAAAAUAAAAAUCACACUAGAGUUGCUAACGUUAAGUCUAUGUUGUAGAAUGUGUAUGUUAAAUAUUAUAUGUAUAUGUGUAGGAUAUAUUUUCCUAGCAUUAAGGUUGUAUCUUUAUAUAAACCCCAUAAUUGGAGAAGAAUAAUAUAUCGAAACAUUACAAACC